AUGGCUGAGAAAGGAGGAGAUUCAGGAAAUGAAGAGAAGAAGGCGGUGGUCUAUGGAGACAAGUACCGUACGAUUCUGGAAGAUGAAGUUCACAACACUCACUGGAGGCAUGGUGGCCCUCCUCUUUUCGAUGCCGUUAACAAGCUCUUUGAACAAGGCCGAACCAAGGAGUGGCCUAAAGGGUCAUUAGAGGAAACGGUUCAAAAUGCAGUGAAGUUGUGGGAAAUGGAACUUUCUCAUAAGACUCGCUUGCAAGACUUCAGGAGCAUAAAUCCGGACAAGUUCAUGCUUUCUGUCAAUGGAAGAAAAGGGUUGAAUGGAGAAGAAACUCUGAGGCUUGGAAGCUACAAUGCCCUUUUGAAGAACACACUUCCAGAGCAGUUUCAGUUCUACAAAGCAUCAGAAGAGACAUAUGAGUCUUCACAUGAAGCCUUCCGUACGGCCAUGCCACGUGGCUUUGCUUGGGAAGUGAUAAAGGUGUAUUCAGGACCUCCUCUUGUAACUUACAAGUUCAGGCAUUGGGGCUUCUUUGAAGGUCCCUUCAGAGGACAUGCUCCUACUGGAGAAAUGGUUGAGUUCUUUGGCAUUGGUGUUAUGAAGGUUGAUGAGACUUUGAGAGCUGAAGAGGUUGAAAUUUAUUAUGAUCCAAGUGACAUAUUCGGUGUUCUACUCAAGGGACACCCUCAAGAUGACAACAAAGCAAUGCAGCAUCUUCAUCAAGAUUCAAAACACACCCACUCUUGCCCCUUUGCAAACUAG